AUGGGACUUAAACGAAGCGGAAAGACGUCAAUAAGAAAAGUGGUAUUCCAAAAGAUGAGCCCGAACGAGACGCUUUUUGUAGAGAGCACAGCGAGAGUUACUAAUGAAUAUGUCAGUGAUUCCUUCAUAAAUUUUGAAACAAUUGAAUUUCCUGGCCAAGUCGAUCCUUUUGAAGCGUCAUUUGAUCCAAAUUCGAUAUUUUCUCGUUGCGGAGCUCUUCUUUUUGUAAUUGAUGCCCAAGCGGAUUAUGACGAUGCUUUGAAGAAGAUGGUUCCAGCAAUAAUUAGAUCAUAUUCGAUAAACAAAAAUAUUAAAUUUGAGGUGUUCGUUCACAAAGUUGAUGGUUUAAGUGAUGAAACCAAAAUGGAAACACAUCGAAAAAUAUUUCAAACUGUCCAGGAUGAUCUUGCCGAUCAAGGAAUGGAUCAUAUUCGAAUUAAUUAUCACAUGACAUCAAUUUAUGAUCAUUCAAUAUUCGAAGCAUUUUCUAAAGUUAUUCAAAAAUUGAUUAAACAAUUGUCAGGUUCAAAUGUUGAAAAAUCAUUUUUAUUUGAUGUUGCAAGUAAAAUAUAUAUUGCUACUGAUUCUUCACUUGUUGACAUGGCCACUUAUGAACUUUGUUGUGAUAUGAUAGACGUUACAAUAGACAUAUCUUCAAUUUAUGGACACAAAGUUGACCAACAAAAUACUAAUAACAAUAAACAACAACACCAAAAUCGUCCAAUUGGUUUUGAUCAAGAUACCUCAGCAAUGAUUAUGUUACGAACUAGACAAGUUAUUUUUUUGCGACAAAUUAAUGUUUAUUUGGCUUUGGUUGCUGUUAUUAAAGAAGAUAAUUUUGAAAAACAAGGAUUGAUUGAUUUUAAUUUUAAUGUUUUUAGACAGGUUUUUUUUUAUUUUUUUUUGGAGGGAAAAUGAGGGGCUUGAGAUUUUUUAAGGAAGAAAAUUUCCUGGGGUAUAAGUGAGCAUACUUACCUGUUCCUCCAUGAACCUUCACUCUUUCAAAGGGCUUUAUAACUUUGUUUAAAAAAAUUCCCGAGGUGUAAGGGACUAUACUAACAGUCUUAUGUGUUACGAGCCGUAGACUUCUUUUAAAAUUCAUUUUGGUAUAGGAGAAAAGCAAGGAGUCUCUCUCCACUCUCGGCGGGCCGCUGAAUCUCUGGGAUUUGAUUCCGCGGUGUAAGGGAGCAUAUACUACCAGUCUCCUCCGUGUCACGAGGCCGUAAACUUCUUUUAAAAUUCAUGGGGUAUAGGGGAACAUUAAGAAACUUCUUUUCACUCUCGCGUGGCCGGGAAUCUCUUGGAGUUGAAAAAAGUUUUUUAGAUGAGUCUAAAUCUAUCCUUGUAAGGGUGUUGAAGAAGUUUUUGAACUUGGAAAGAAACGUAACUCACUUGCUCUUUAAAUUGAAAAAAAAUUUUUUUUACAAAAAAUGUGUUGUCAACAAAAACUGCCUCUGUGCCAUAUUUUUUAUAGUUCAAAAAAUAGAGGUAAAGAAUUCUAUCACUUUAAAAAAAUAACGAAACAGAUAUUUUUUCUACAAAAAAUAUAUUUUUAAAUUAAAAAUGAAGUUAAUAAAAAAAUUAAUUUAGAAAAUAAUUUUUUAAAAUUUAAUUGGGGUUGGAAAACUCUUCACUCUUCUACCAAUUGUUAGGUUGAAGAUAAUUGAGAAAAGAGAUACCUAUACAGGGUCUUUUAUCUAGGGCUGGUCCCGUCGAAAAGAACUUUUGCGGGGGAAAGGGGAGAUGUCAGGAAAUAGAAUGUUGAUGUAAGAAUGGGGUAUGAGAAUGGCCUAAAAACAUCGUCGGGGUGAGGAGUCGGGGACUUUAAAUCUGUUGGCCUUAAAUUAUUUAGAAACAAAAAAGAAGUUUAAAAAAAUUUUUUUAUUAUUUAAAUAUUAAAUGGCAAAAAAAUUAUUGACGAAAGAGAUUUAAAUAAUUAAAGAGAUUAUAUAAAAUGCGUUUGGUUGUUAAAUAUAAUAUUGAGUAGAGAAAAAAUUAUAGACACAAAUAUAAUUUUUAAGGAGGGAAUGUUUUUUAGCUACCUAUUAAAUAAAAAUUUUAAGAAGCACCAUGCAUGAGGGAUUGCUUUACCCUCAGAGAAUAAAAAAAAACUUGUGGCUAUAGGCCUGAAUAUUAGGGAUGGGUCGGGUUGAUGAGAAGUAAAAAAUUGGGUUGGGUCAAAUACUGGGUAUGACUCGAAGUCAAUGUAAGAUUUUAAAACCCCAGAGCUGGGCCAAGGUUUGAAAAAGGUCUGAGUGAG